AUGAGUUUCUUUAGAUCGGAGACUAUGGCAUAUUAUUAGAUAAUAGUACCUAAGGAAAGUGCAUGGAAUGUGUUCAAUGAGAUGGGAAAAUUGAGUAUGGUCUAAGUGGUGGAUAUGUCACCAGAUGAGCCCCAUGUGAAUCGACCUUUUUAUCAAUACAUCCGAAGAGCAGAUGAAGUUAUCAGUAAGUUAAAUGUAUUGGAAGUGGAGAUGUUGAAGUACAAAAUAAAGAAUCUGAAAUGCUCUGAUUAUUAAUAAUUCUUAGAAAAAAUGUCCUAAUAUACUAAGGAUAUAAGCUAAAGUGAAGAUAAAUGGUUUGAUCUAAUUGAGAGUACUUUGGAUGAAAAAUAUUCUCAAUUGAUAGAACAAAUUCAGAAUUUGGAGCAAAUCUCUGUUCGUAAAAACACUUUGUUUGAACACAAGGCAGUUUUGAUAAAAUCAAAGGAAGUAUUGGGUCCAACCUAUUACACGAAGGGUAGGAAUGUGGCUAUAAAUCCACAGAUAGGUGGUAUACCAGAACAACAAAAAGUAGCACAACCACUUUAUAAUCUAAAUUAUUUGGUGGGAGUGGUUGACAGAUUAGAAGCCAACCGUUUUAAAAGAAUGGUGUUCAGAGCCUCCAAAGGAAACGCAUGGAUUGUGAUGUCUGAUAUAGAAUAUUCAAGAAUUGAUGCCUCAUUAGAAUCGGGGAACUUGGAUUCUGAUAAGUCGGCUGCUAAAAAUUUGGAAAAGCAAAGAACAGUGUUUCUGAUUGUGUAUACAGGAGGAGGAUAAGAUUUUUUGAGAGCCAAACUCAACAAAAUUUGUGAUUCGUUUAAUUGUGCCAAAUUUGUACUUCCAGAUGAUCCUUAGUUGUUAGUCUAAAAGACAUUAGAAUUGGAUCGUUCUUUGGAUGAAUGCGACAAUUUAUUGAGAUUGACAGCUGGUAAGAUAAAGGAAUUAUUAUUGGAGUAUGCUUAAAUAUAACCAUAAUUGAAAAUAUCAUUGUUGGAAAUGAGUAAGUUGAUAAUGGUGAAAGAGAAAGCAUUAUAUACCAAUCUAAAUUACCUUUAUCAGAAAGAAAGAAUUUAUAUAGGGUUCUUUUGGGCACCCAAACAUAUAGAAGCUGAAUUGCAUCAUACGGAUUACACCAAUUGA